AUGACUUGCGCGGAGUCGUGAGCCCGACCGUACUAAGUUCUGUCGGCGCUGAUACCCGGUAUAUGCAAUACGGGAGAUGUUGCAAAGAGAGACGUCCACCGCGGUGGAGGCGUAAUCGUCAAAGUAAUCCGAAGUGGUCACGCGAAGCCUUCUCUCAAUCCUCGAUCAUCUUGAGAAGGUGGAGAUUAGGCAUGUCGAUCUGAGAUCGAUUAAUCGAAAAAUCGAUUAUUUAGGGUAAAAUAAUCGAUUUUUUAGAUCGAUCUGAAACACUGGAUCGAUUCGAUGAAUCGAUCCAAGAACCCCUUGAAUCGGAGACCGAUUCACAGUUCCAUUGACGUGUGUGGAUGUGUUGGUGGUUUUAUGUUCCAUACGAGUCGUCGACGCGUGCGAACGUGUUUUGUUCGGUGGUCCCUGAGGCCUUUGAUAAUACUAAAUAGUUUUGUGUGUAAGUAGCAUUCGAUUUGAUUCGUUUAAUAGUGAUUGAUUAAAUUGAAAUUGAUUUUUCGAUAAAUGUACGUCGCACUUUUGUUAAAAUAUUGUUUUUUUCAGUCUAAAAUAUCAAGUAAAAGUGAUAUAUGGAAUCACUUUAUAAAAAAAGGAUCGAGUGGCAUAUGCAAACACUGUCACAUAGAAGUGAAAACAUGCGGGAACACAACAAAUUUACGUAACUAUUUAUUACGUAGACAUCCCUGUAUUAAGUCUACAAAUGACAAUAUUAAUACUCCGUCAACUUCGAAAGAGAAAUUUGGCAUAAGUGAUGUUUUAAGUUUGAAUAGUUCAAAAGAGAACUGUGAUUCCGAUCUAGAAAGUGUAGCAUCAUUAUCAGUAUCAGAAAAGUCAAAACUUAAUCAAUUAACUAUGGAUUCAUGUGUUAAUAAUAUUAAAGCGUUUGGUGUAAACGGAAGUGUGGGCAGUUAAAUAAUGCUCUCAUGUUAAUGAUUUGCAAAAAUACAUUACCAUUAAACACAGUUGAAAAAGGUUUCCAGUACCUCAUGAAAACAGCGGUGCCUUUAUAUACUUCUUUCGCGACGAACAAUUACACAAAUGAUAGACGACAAGUACGACGUUCUUUCAUUGCAAUUCAGAGAAAAGCUCUUAGAAGUGGAAUCAAUAUGUUUGACUGCGGAUGUCUGGACAGAUAUACAUAAUACUAGAAGCUACAUGAGGUUAACAGGGCAUUUUAUAUACGAAAGUGAAUUAAUGAAUAUAAAUUUUGGUGUGUCACAUUUAACUGAGCCCCACAAUGCUGACUAUUUAAGUCAAGUGAUAAUAACAAUGACUGAAAAAUGGGGCAUAACUCGAGAAAAAGUUGCAGCAUUCAUAACAGACAAUGGUGCUAAUAUUGUCAAGGCCGUAACAAUCGUAUAUGGCAAGCACAAACACUUAUGGUAUUUCGCGUAUACGUUGAAUUUAGUAGCUCAAAAACCUUUUGAAGAAAAAGACGGUAUUGAAAGCGCCAAACAACUGCUAAACAUUGUAAAAGAUAUAACUAGAUACUGCAAGCAGAACAUAAAUGCGGCUGAUGCUCUCCGUAAAGCGCAAAGUAAUUCAGCAGUAUCACUCAAAUUGAUUCAGUCAGUUUGUACGAGAUGGAACUCGAUUUACUAUCAACUAGCACGAUUUGUAAAAUUAUCGGAGUUAAUUGCUCCAAUAUUACUCAACCAUCCGAAAGCUCCAUCUAUGUUAACGGCAAAUCAACUGAAUGCUAUUAAAAAUCUUAUAAAUAUCUUAAGACCCAUGGAAGCUGUGACAAAAAAAUGUCCGCAGAAAAAUUCGUAACGUUAAGCAAAAUUAUACCAAUAGUAUCUUGUCUUUUGGAAACAUACCGUGCAAUAAAGACGAAAACAGAUGUUGGCACUGCAACAAAAAAUUUAAUUGUCGACGGAUUAAAGAAAAGAUCUGAUACGGUGGAACAAGUUUAUAUGUUAGCUAUCACAACACUACUGGAUUUAAGAAAAUUUAUUUUUCUAAUAGAAUAGCAUGCUCCAGAGCUAUUAACCAAAUAAAUAGCAUGAUUGUGACUUCAAAAAAACGAUUGGAGAAUAAUUUAAAUCAUGAAGAUUCAGAGAACAAUUCUGAAUGGCAGGUUAAAGAGGCAGAAGAGCCUGAUAUUUGGGAAUUCCAUAACAAGCUGGUAAAAAAUCAGCUGCAAUCAAUUCGACAAGAAAAUCAAGGACAAGGCUUACAAGACGAAUUGAAGCAUUAUUUGACACAGCCCGUCGUCUACUUCAAAACGACAGAUCCUAUCUCAUACUGGCAUCAUCAACAAAAUUCUUUUUACAGCUCAAUAAGACCGAUUGCUAAUAAAUACUUUUGUAUAGUUGGAACAUUUGUUCCUUGUGAAAGACUUUUUUCCGUAGCGGGAAAUAUUGCAACCGACGAAAGGAGUCGCCUAGAUUCCGAGCGAUUAGAUAAAUUAAUCUUUCUAAAGUCACUUGAUUUGAAAUAUUGGGAAAUGUAAUUUUUUCCUUAAUUUAAUUCAAUAAACGCAUAUAAUUUACUUGUUUUAUUUCUUGAUUGCAAGUUUGUACAAAAAACUUUGACACUCAUCUUUAUUAAGCACAUUAAA